AUUUGCGCCUCGGCACAGCGGAACACGACACCGUUUCGCAGGGAAUUAAAAAAACACACACACUCGUAUGUAAUAAAGCAACAACUACAAGGGAAUUAGAACACGCCUAAACAAAAACCCAAACUCUCUCUCGGGGCUCGCCUCAGCUUCACAGCACCACGCGCACACCCUUCCGAUGCCUUCUUCGCCUCUUCUCUGAUCCACUCGCCGCGCCCACGGCGCCUCCUAAAUGUCUGUCAUCGACACCCCCGCCGUUCACCACCGCAGCGGGGGCGCCACCGAUCACCGUCACCCGUCCAAGCGCAAAUUCGACGAUGAAGACGACGAGGAUUUCUCGGACUUAGUCUGCGUGAGGAUGCGGAAAGACGAGGCCAAGGCGGUGAAUUCCUGGUCCGCCUCCUCCUCCUCCUCCUCCUCCGACGCCGGCGGCUGCUCCUCCUUGCAGCAGCAGCAGCGAUCGCACAUCCAGUUCUUCGUGCGAAUGAUGUCUGCCGGAAACACGAUUGUGAUGCAAGCCUUCCCCGAAGACACGGUCAAAUCGAUUCACGAGCGUAUCCAAAGCAUGAAGGGAAUCCCAUUGUUCGAGCAGAGGUUAAUUUAUCGCGGGAAACAGCUCCAGUGGGAACAGACUCUUGCCGAGUGUUUCAUUCAAAACGACGCCAACCUUCAAUUAGUUGGCCGUAUGCGCAGUACCGAACACCCUCAAGCCUGGCAAGUUAUCAACGACAUGGUUUCUCUCGUUUACCGUCUUUGCCGCGGCGAGACGGUUCACGAUGCCUUGAAAACCGUCAAGGGUUUGAUGACCAGUUACUUGAACAUGACUCCCAGAAUUGACAACGACUCUGCCUCUGGCUACUUUCAGAUUUUCAUGUCUUCUUCUGCCCCCGCUGUGCUUGUUAUGCUCUAUGUGUCCCCUUACGCAGGUAACAAGGACUGUGCUGAUUCCUCUGUUAGACACUUUUUGAGUUCCUGUCGCAAUAUUUUGUCCAAGGCAUUGCACGGCCAGUGUGCGCGUGUGGUGUUGGAGUUUUGUAAAUUGCUUAGGAGAGUGGGGUCUCACGACCCUUUGUAUCUCUUUUGUCGUAGUACUUUUGGGUCCUUGUUGGAAACUGCUGGAGUUUCCUAUGGUUCCGGUUCGGAUAAUGUUAAGGGGCUGGUUUUGAUUCAGGAUAUUUUCCCCUUUGUUUGUGAGCUUGCUAACAGCUUGUUGAGGGAUCUGGACUUGAGUAUUGUGUCCCCCUCGGCCGCAGGGCCUUUGUCAAACGAUGUUGGGGAUUUUUCUGCAUUCUUACUGCCUUUGAGGACUGGAAUUAAGGAGCAACAGGCUGUCAAGGAUUCUAUGGCUCAAGACAAACACCACAAGCUCACAGAAGAGAUUGAAUAUCUUCAUGGUUUGUACGUUCAGUUGUUGAACAAAAUUGAUCAGUGCCUUCAAAAAAUGGACCAGAGUUUGGCUGGCCAGGAAAUGAUGGAGGGGGAUAAUCUUUAUCCUGCUUGGUCUCAUUAUCUUUCCAUCUUGAAGGAGUUGUAUCAAAUUUCAAAGCUUUAUGAUGGUGCUGAAGAAAAGCUUUGGGGUGUUUUGACGCGGCAAAGAAGUGUGCUAUGUCUGCUGAUAGUUCGAUAUGCGAAGAGAACUGAUGAGCAUCAGUGGAUUCUGGAGCAUAGGUAUGUAACCAAUUUUGAGUCUAGAAGGCAUUUGGCCAUGAUGAUGUUCCCAGAGGUAAAAGAGGACUAUGAGGAGUUACAUGAGAUGCUUAUUGACAGGUCUCAGUUAUUGACUGAGUCUUUUGAAUACAUCGCACGUGCUGAGCCUGACUCCCUGCAUGCUGGCCUGUUUAUGGAAUUCAAAAAUGAGGAAGCUACUGGCCCAGGUGUAUUAAGGGAGUGGUUUCUUCUGGUAUGCCAAGCAAUAUUCAAUCCACAAAAUGCUCUUUUCGUCGCUUGCCCAAAUGAUCGAAGGAGAUUUUUCCCUAAUCCUGCAUCUAAGGUACAUCCUCUGCACCUUGAGUACUUCAGCUUCGCUGGUCGAGUUAUUGCAUUAGCUUUGAUGCAUAGGGUGCAAGUGGGUAUUGUUUUUGAUCGUGUGUUUUUCUUGCAAUUGGCGGGAAACUAUAUUGCUAUAGAAGAUAUAAGGGAUGCAGAUCCUUAUCUGUAUACUAGCUGCAAGCAAAUAUUGGAUAUGGAUGCUGAUUUCAUUGAUUCAGACUCAUUAGGACUGACAUUUGUUAGAGAGGUGGAAGAAUUGGGACAGAGGAAAGUGGUUGAGCUCUGCCCUGGUGGAAAAAACCUUGUAGUUAAUAGUAAGAACAGGGACAAGUAUGUUGAUCUUCUUAUACAGGAUCGCUUCGUAACAUCCAUAUCUGAGCAGGUAUCACAUUUUGUCAAAGGUUUUGCAGAUAUUCUUUCAAACUCAAAGCUCCAGCAGUACUUCUUCCAAAGUUUAGACCUUGAAGAUCUUGAUUGGAUGCUGCAUGGGAGUGAAGAUACCAUUUCUGUUGAAGAUUGGAAAGCGCACACUGAGUAUAAUGGCUAUAAAGAGACAGAUAUUCAGAUAUCUUGGUUUUGGGAGAUUGUUGGAAGAAUGACAGCAGAUCAAAGGAAGGUUCUUUUAUUCUUUUGGACAUCUGUAAAAUAUUUACCAGUUGAAGGUUUCCGUGGUUUGGCUUCCCGACUCUACAUAUACAGAUCCCUUGAACCUGGUGAUCGCCUGCCUUCAUCUCACACAUGCUUUUUCCGGCUGUGUUUCCCAGCUUAUUCAUCUAUGGCUGUCAUGAAAGAUCGUCUUGAAGUCAUCACUCAAGAACACAUUGGCUGCAGUUUUGGUACUUGGUGAAUGAACACACCUGCAAUCUGAAUAGAAGUGGUUUUGACUGCACAUAAAAUUAUCGUUGUACAUAUUAUAGGAGUAUUCCAUCUGUCCUCUAAUUUGAUAAUGUGACAAAAUUCACUAGUCUAUUUUCCAAAGUAGUCAAGGGUUGCAGUGGCAUCGGUCUUUGUCAAAUGUUUAUAGGGACAAAUUAUAAAUAAAACAGGGUUUAAAGAAAGAAAAAUCGAUCUCUUUUGUGAUCUAGCUUUGAUGUGCUAGUAAGUAGCUUAUUUUGUCAUGUCAUGGACAUGGGGAUUAUAGUUUGGAUUUGGGAUAAUUCUGGUCUCUAUUUAAGCCAAUUACGGCUUGCUUAGUAAAAAAAUUAUGGCUUGCUGCUUA